AUGUUGCCCCGUGUGGCCAACCGUGCAACAGCCCCACCAAGAGCCGCAAAGCUCACCCCGCGGAUUCCGCCAACCUUUUUUCCACUUCUGUCACAAACCUCCAUCCACAAACCGCUGAGUGUCAUGACGGGGGCUAGCUGCUCAUAUAUUUCCAUUGGAGGGAAUCGAAACCCAGCGGCUGCGGAUUGGUCAUCUUCCGGGCUUCUUGCUUUCGGUGCUGGAAGAUGCAUAUCGUUGUGGAAUCCAUUGGUUGGUGUGAAGUGAAGUCUUGAUUUCGUUCCAUCAUCAUGCAUGACUAAUUCUGUUUAAACUGCCAGGAUCCCAAGUAUCGUGGAGUUUUUUCCACCCUCAAAGGGCAUACUGAUCGCGUUAAUGUCGUUCGAUUUCUACCCGGCCAAGGUUUAGCGGAGGACAUCAUCAUCUCUGGAUCGGUUGAUCAGUCACUCCGUAUCUGGCAACGCCCCGAAUGUUCUGAUUCAUUUAGUCUUUGCUCUGUUAUCGAGGGGGUUCACAAGACUUCCGUAAGUGCUGUUGCAACAUGUUCUCGGCUUCCUUCAGUGUUUGCAUCGGCUUCGGUGGACGGGAUAGUUGCUGUGUUUAGCCUUUCAAUGCUGUCUCAAGGGAAAUUGGAUGUGAAACUUCUUCAAACGUUCUCUACUGCACCUAAAUUUUAUCCCUUGGCAUUAGCAUUGUCCGUUCUUCCCUCUCCACCCUCAUCGGGUUCCCCAGCUCUUGUACUGGCGGUAUCAGGAUCUGCGUCAUCAGUCUCGAUAUAUCUGUCUUCCUCGCCUUCAUCUCAGUUUUCCUACCAGGCUACUCUAUCCGGCCAUGAAAACUGGAUUCGUUCUCUUGCAUUUGCUCUCGAGGACUGCUCUAAUCCGGGGUCCGAUUUGCUAUUAGCCUCUGCAUCUCAGGACAAAUAUAUCCGAUUGUGGCGCAUACAUCCCGGAGAAGAGCUGCCGCCAGCAGCGGCAGAAGGGGAGAGUAAAACAUUCGGUCUUAGCAACCGUCUAUCCAACAAAGCCCACAAACUUCGAGCCGAGGGUGAUGAGGUGUGGUCCGUCACUUUUGAGGCAUUGCUCAUGGGCCAUGAAGACUGGAUAUACACUGCAGUAUGGAGGCCCCAGACAGUAGACGGGUCAGGUUUGAGAUUACUGUCAACAUCUGCUGAUAACUCACUUUCCAUCUGGGCACCCGAAGAAUCCUCAGGAAUCUGGCUCACUACGUCUCGAUUAGGAGAAAUAUCUGAUUGUAAGGGGGCAUCUACUGCGACUGGUUCUGCUGGUGGCCUGUGGAUGGGAUUAUGGAGUCCGGACGGAGAGGCAGUCGCAGCACUAGGUAAAACUGGGUCCUGGAGGCUUUGGAAACACAACACCCAGGACGAUCGAUGGGUUCAGAGUGUGGGCAUAGGAGGGCAUGUGAAGGAGGCAAUGGGAUGCUCGUGGGAAAAGACAGGUGGAUAUCUACUAUCGACUGGGCUGGACCAGACUACGAGGCUCUCUGCGGAAUGGAUCAGGAAGAAUGAGGACCUGAGUUCUUGGCAUGAGUUUUCGAGGCCGCAGAUCCAUGGGUAUGAUAUCAAUUGUAUAGCAAGCCUGGGAAGGAACGGGUUUGUUUCUGGUGCAGACGAGAAGCUACUAAGAGUCUUCGAUGAGCCGAAAAGUAUUGCAGGGCUUCUUGAGAAUCUAAGCGGCAUAAAGGAAUUAUCAAGAGUAGGUGAUGUUCCUCUAGAUAAGUUGGAAGUUCUAACAGUAGCCGGUGGUUUAUCAGGAAUCAAUGCCAGACGCAGCCAACAUCCCAGUACUAGGACUAUCUAAUAAAGCAGUCGAUGGCUCAAUGGUCCUCCCAUUACACAAUGGGAGCGCCCCGGAGGAAGAAAAUGAUGAAAACAAAGAACAACAGGUGCCCGCUCAAUCAGCAACAUCAAUUAUAGAGAACCUUAAUCACCCACCCCUUGAGGAUCACCUCGCUAGACACACACUCUGGCCUGAGAGAGAAAAGCUUUACGGCCACGGAUACGAGAUAUCAGCGGUAUCGUGCUCACCCGAUGGAAAGCUCAUUGCAACAGCGUGCAAAGCCAGCACCAUAGAUCACGCAGUUAUAAGGCUUUUCGAAACGGAAACCUGGCAGGAAGUAAAACCUCCUUUGAAGUCGCAUUCCCUCACAGUUCAUAGAAUGGCAUUCAGUCCUGAUGGGAGCCGACUGUUGAGUGUGGGCAGGGAUCGUGCGUGGACCGUGUUUGAGAAGCGAGAUGUGGGAUGGGAAGUGCUGGAGAUGAGGGAAAAGGGCCAUACUAGGAUCAUAUGGGAUGGAAAGUGGGCUCCGGUUGAGAAUGUGUUUGCCACAGCGAGCAGAGACAAGUCUGUUAAGUUAUGGGAGAAGGGAGAUGGGGGAUGGGUGAACAGAGCAACGCUGAAAUUCGAGGCGCCAAUCACAGCGCUGGACUUCCUGGGCGAGGUAAUCGAGGGGAAAUGCUGGCUUGCGAUAGGUCUUGAGGAUGGAGGAUUGUAUGUCCAUCAUGUGAAAGUAGGUGAUUGGGCGAAUCUGGAGUUGCUCGUCAAGCUGGAUGAUAGGUAUUCCCAGUCUCCAAUCCGCAAAGAAAUGAAUACGAGUGACUAAUUGUGAUGAUGGGGAUAAAGAACCACCCCCGAUAGGUCGGUUACACAGAUCACCUGGCGACCAACAAAAGGCCAGGUGGGAAAGAGGGAGAUGGCGGUCAGCAGCGAAGAUUCUUCCGUGCGAGUGUACAGUAUCUCGACCGCCUAAAAGCAUAGAUAUAUAGCGAACUCUAUGGGGGGAAGAAGCAAUAACUCGAACAAGGGUGUUGUUGGGCCACCGUUACGCCAUGCUUACCUACCGUAUUGCACCAACCACGUGUAAUGCGUGCCCUCUGGGCGCGGCUGAAGAGUGCAAAAAUCUGAGAAACCGCCGAGAAACCUAACCGAAUCCCAUCUGCUCGAUCAUAGGGCCCGGUUGGGGAAAGCUCCCAGUGCCAUCCCUCCCGUGAAGGCCUCAUAGAUCAAUAGGGCUCCUUCUCAACAUUAUUAUACGUCACCUGGCCACUCUUCUUCCUAUCCCUGGGCCCCCUUUCCUCCAGAUCCUCCACCAACCAGCCAAGCGCCAGAUCCAAUAAUGCCGAAUUCCGCAUAAUGCCUCCAUUACCGCUGCCCGCACUAGCCCCCUUCCUCUCAGCCUCCUCCAGGAACGAAGCCACGGUGCCAACCGCCUUAACCUUCCCCCCCGCCAUCCUAACCAAGUUGGUCGGCCACCCGGCGAUCCCAUCCAUGAUAUGCGUAGCAUAGACAAUCGUGCACCCCCGAGUUUCCGACUCCUCCUUCAGGAACUCCAAAAACCUGAAGCGUGCAAGCACAUCCAAAUCAACCGUCACCUCAUCGAGCAGCAGAAUGGACCAGGGCCUGAGCAAGCCCAUCGCUAAUUGCACCCUCCGCCUCUCCCCGUCAGAAGCCAGAUGCAUUCGCCAGUCGACGUCGAUGUCCAGGAUGCGCACCAGCUGAUCGCGCCGGUCCGGGUACGCAUCCCCGCCCACGCUCGCCAGGAGCUCGUGCACGUAUAUAUCGUUCCGCACGAUCGGGUUCAGAACCCAUUCCAGGCCCAGAUAGGUCACGCCCUCGAGCCCGUGCGCGAAUGGGUCCACGCCGCCGAUCCGUAUACGGCCCCGGGUUGUGAGUUUUUUGCCUGAAGCGAGGCGGAGCAGCGUCGUCUUGCCGGCCCCGUUGGCGCCGAUUAGAAGUGUGCGCGAGCCGGCUGGGAGGUUGAUGUUUAUGUCUUGUAGUCCGAUGGAGUUGUCGGCGAAGGUGUAGGUUAGGUUUUGGAUGUUGAUUGUUGGGGGGUGAUUGGCCAUUUUUGUGAUUGAAGCUGGUGGUGGAGUUGGCGGAUGGAAUCGGUGGACGGAGUCGGGGGGGUGCCGUAGUCAGUUGUGAAUCUCUAGUGCGGUUGGUGGGGUAUUUAUUCGCCUUUUUUUUUCUUUUUUUUUUCGGGACCGGGUUGACUCUUCGCACAAGAAUCGCUUUAGCCCCCACCGCCGGUGAUCACAAGGUGAGGUAUCUCCAUAGCCAGAGCGGUGGGUAUUCCUUCUGGCUUAGUUAACCUCUCGGCAAAUAUUAUUUAAGUAUUUUUUCCUGGGAAAUUAUCAUGUGCUAGCAUUCCCCUGCUUCCACUGAAAGUUUGACCUACUCCCAAACCCAAUAUCUCCAUGAAACGUUGAGAUAUCCCCAUUUUCUCCCUGUUAAUGUGCAGAGGAUCAUCCACUGUGCCAUACAAUAGAGCUGCAACUCUCGUCGGAGCGGUGGUCACAAGUCCUUUAGGGUCUGAAGGUGAGCGAUAUUUUUCUUCGCAAGGAACUCCGACUACGGAUGUCCCUCAACAUAUUCCUAAUGGGGGAAGGGGAAGUAAAUCGCGCCACAGCGUAUGCCGGGAUUUUCUCAAAUGCUAUGAGUAGUACUCGAGCACAGUAAUUUAAUACCGUAGUACAGUAGUCUACCGGGUGUAGUAUGACACGAUACAAGUAGAAGAAGGGAGUUUCUCCCAGAGGGAGGAGAGAUGUCAUACCGGCUGCCGGUAUCCGGGUGCAGCAGCACCACAACCAAAUCCAACCCAACCCGACUUGUCAUAUCAUACAAGAACCCCCUUCUCGAUCGGCU